AUGAAUAUCAAUGGCUCUGAUUUACAAGGCGAGGAUUAUCUUAAUCCUUCUGUAAAUAUCUCUAAAUAAUAAGAAGGAAAUCUUUGCAUCAAGUAAAAAAAUGGUCAUUGGGACGACAAUGAACAUUCCAUAUAUUUAGAAUUUUUAUCAAAUGCUAGAGGUGACUCUUACAAGAAAGGACAACCAUUAUUUAAGAAAAUGAGUGAGUUUAUAGGAACUAGAUCCCCAAGCUAAUGCAGAUCACAUCAUUAAAAAUUCAAUCCUUAGAACUUCGAAACCAAGAAUAGUAAGAAGAAAUACUUCAAAAAUAGAAUAAAAGACUCAAGAUAGCCUAUUUUAAGAAGUAAAUAAAUAAUGAGGAAGUACUUUGCCUUAAAUAGAGAAACGACCGAUGAAGAAUGA